AUGGCAUGGGGACAGGGAUCAAGUGCAAGGGUCAGGAGGCAAGGCUCUUCUGGUUAUUUGUGGGAUGAUGAAAUGUUGUCAGCUGAAGCAGAACCAAACCAAUCAUGGUCACCUUAUGAUGUUGAUCAGGGAGAGUCACAAGAUUGGUCCAUUCAAAGGGACCCACCUUCCUCAAGGGACCUUACAUGUGGGUUAUAUACAUUGGUUUCACACUACUUUUUCUCCUAUCAAACCCAUGGACGAGGGAAAAUUGAUGACACUGUGAAGGAGGCGACGUUUACAGAUCUGGAUGGCGACGACGAGAUUGGCGAUCAGAUCAAGGGUUUACAGAUCAAAGUUGGUUUGGGUUGUCCGGAGUCAUCCGUUGUUCCGUUCUCUUUUACUUACUCUGAUGAGAGGUGGUAG